UCCAAAUGGCUGGUAGAGGAAGAGGACGUGCUGCGCUUACCUUCAACAUCGAGGCUGUUGGCUUUGCUAAAGGUGCAGCUCUGCCUGAGGACGUGUCACAGCCUCCAGCACCGUACCCUCAUACAGACAAUAAGCCAGUGCCUCUGAAAACAGGAGAAGAUGAAGAUUACAUGUUGGCCUUAAAACAAGAACUUAGAGGAACUAUGACAACAUUGCCAUAUUUUUUGACGGUAGAACAUCAUGAAGUCAUUGAGAGGUAUAGUAAAAGGUACCAGGACACUGGAAAGGAGCACGCAACAUGGACCCCAGAUUGGAAAAUACUCCCAAGAGAGCUUAAGCCAAAAGAAAAGACCAAAAAAGCAGGUGCAAAACCAAAAAAGGCAAAAAGAUCUGAGCCUAAAAGUAAUCUGGAGGUACUGAAAAAAAUUGAGGAGUUGGAAGGGAAGGAUGAUGAAGACCAAAAAUCUGAAGAUGAAAACUCUGAAGACGAGAAAGACAAAACAAAAGAGAAAGAAGGUGAAGAUGAAGAAGGAGAAGAAUCAGAGGAACCUGAUGAAGAGGAGCAUGAAGAGGAAAAUGACUACAUUGCUUCAUAUUUUGAAGAUGGAGAUGACUUUGAUGUUGCCAGUGAUGACAAUAUGGAUGAAGCGACAUAUUAGCUAUUGUUUCUAGGUGGUACACUGCUCAAGCCUUACACUACUUGAAGUAGAUUUCUGGAGGCACACUAUCAACAGAACUAAUUCUUUAGCUCUGUGGAUUUUAAGUAUACUCUCCAGAAACACGUUGAACAAUUAUUUUUAAUUUGUAUGAGGCUGUAAAACAGGAUGGGGGAUCUUUUGUUUUGUUCCUUUGCCAAAUAUUUUGCAGACAUACACCUUUUUUAAGGUUCUCUGCAAUUACUACCGAUGGAGUAAGCUGAAUGCCAUUGUAUUGCCUCUGCACAGAGAAAGAAUGUAUGCAUUUUAAUCAAAAUUGUGCCUAAGCAUUUGCACUACACAGUUCUACACUUUAGCAGUCAAAUCUUGAAAAUAAUAGUGGAGUUCCUCAUGACUGCAGCAAAAAGAUAUAUGGCCUUUACAGACAUAAGCUGCUCAUAUUUGGCAGCUGUCUUCUGAAUUUAGGUAACUUCCAAAUUCAGGUGACUGAAAAUAAUUGACAACAGAGCACUUUAAUAUAAACUGACUUGAAAUGGCC